UGCUCCUAUCCUACCACCUCUGCACCUGCAAGCCAGCCGUUGUGUUGCUCAUCAUGCCAUGUCUCCCCCUGCAUUUCCUCACCUCUCUGACCAGCUUGCCUCAUCUGUGUCUCCCCUCCCUCCCCUCUUUUCCCUGUCUUACUUGGACCGGAGGACAUCCCAGUACACCACCUCCAUUGACUUCCUUCUUCCAGGGUGCUCUUCAUCGUUCUUGGCUUCUGCUUUCCUCUCCACUCUCCGGCCGGCCGUGUCGUCCUAGCUAGCCACAAGCCUCCCACAUUGCUCACCGCAAGAGCUCCUUCGUUUGGUUGCUUCCAUCCCAUUCCGGCAGCAGCCAUGAUCACGGCGCUGGACCUGUACCACGUCCUCACGGCCGUGGUGCCGCUGUACGUGGCCAUGACGCUCGCCUACGGCUCCGUCCGCUGGUGGCGCAUCUUCACCCCGGACCAGUGCUCCGGCAUCAACCGCUUCGUCGCGCUCUUCGCCGUCCCGCUCCUCUCCUUCCACUUCAUCUCCACCAACAACCCCUUCCAGAUGAACCUCCGCUUCCUCGCUGCCGACACGCUCCAGAAGCUCAUCGUCCUCGCGCUGCUCCUCUUGUCUGCCCGCCUCCCCUUCGCAUCCUCCGUCCUCAACCUCGACUGGAGCAUCACGCUCUUCUCCCUCUCCACGCUCCCCAACACGCUCGUCAUGGGCAUCCCGCUGCUCCGGGGCAUGUACGGCCCCGACUCCGCCGGCACGCUCAUGGUCCAGGUCGUCGUCCUCCAGUGCAUCAUCUGGUACACGCUCAUGCUCUUCCUCUUCGAGUACCGAGCCGCGCGCGCCCUCGUCAUGGACCAGUUCCCCGACGGCGCCGCCGCCUCCAUCGUCUCCUUUCGCGUCGACUCCGACGUCGUCUCGCUCGCCAAGGGCGACCUCGAGGCCGACGCCCAGGUCGCCGGCGACGGCCGGGUGCGGGUCACCGUGCGCAAGUCCACCAGCUCGCGUUCCGAGGCCGCCUGCUCCCACUCGCACUCCCACUCCAUGUCCAUGCAGCAGCCGCGGGUCUCCAACCUCUCCCGGGUGGAGAUCUACUCGCUGCAGUCGUCGCGCAACCCCACGCCGCGUGGCUCCAGCUUCAACCACGCCGAGUUCUUCAACAUCGCCGGCGCCGCCAAGGGGGCAGCAGCAGACGAGGAGAAGGGCGGCCACUCGCCGCAGCCGCACGCGCAGGCGGCCAAGAGGAAGGACCUGCACAUGUUCGUCUGGAGCUCCAGCGCCUCGCCGGUCUCGGAGCGCGCCGCCGGGGGGGCCGACCAUGGCGACGCCCUUGCCAAAGGAACCCAGGCCUACGACGAGUACGGUCGUGACGAUUUCAGCAGGACCAAGAACGGGAACGGCGCAGACAAGGGCGGCCCGACCCUGUCCAAGCUCGGGUCCAACUCGAUCGCCCAGCUCUACCCCAAGGGCGACGGCGAGGGGAGGCCUGCCGCCAUGCCGCUGGCGAGCGUGAUGACGAGGCUCAUCCUGAUCAUGGUCUGGAGGAAGCUGAUCAGGAACCCCAACACCUACUCCAGCCUAAUUGGUGUCAUCUGGUCCCUGGUCUCAUACAGGUGGGGGAUUGAAAUGCCCGCGAUCAUCGCCCGGUCAAUCUCGAUCCUGUCAGAUGCAGGGCUUGGGAUGGCAAUGUUCAGUCUAGGCUUGUUCAUGGCAUUGCAGCCACGGAUCAUUGCCUGUGGGAACAAACUUGCUGCAUUCGCGAUGGCCGUCCGGUUCCUCAUGGGUCCAGCAGUCAUGGCUGCUGCCUCCAUUGCUGUUGGGCUGCGUGGAGUUCUUCUGCACAUAGCCAUUGUUCAGGCUGCUCUACCUCAAGGAAUCGUGCCGUUUGUGUUUGCCAAGGAGUACAACGUUCAUCCUGACAUAUUGAGCACAGCGAGUAAAAUUUUUGGAACUAAGCACACCCGCAGAUUGUGUGUUCGCCUCACAUACAUGAGGCCAAACAAAAUUGCUCUGACACUUGCACGUACUUCUGGCCUUCUGGCAAUCAAAGAUUCAAAGGUUGACUCAGAUCGCUACACACAAGAGACAAGAAACGGAGGCAGAUCGAUGGGGAUCCUCACAUUAUGCGUAAAACUGCAGAAUAAAGGGCAUCCGGCAAAUCUUUGGUGAGCUCAUCGAUAGCAAAUGGCGUCAAGGCGAUUCUGCCACACCGCAUCGCGCAGUCAGCGCUUGACCUCAUCGGCGUCACCCCCCGUGGUUGCCUCUUUUCUCGCCGCCGUGGCCGACUGGCAGUAGUCGCCGCCGUGGCUGACUGGCAGUAGUCGCCGCCGCAUCAGCCUCGUCCGCCGAUUUCACCUCCAUCCUCCUCUUCCGCGUUUCUGCCUCCGUCUCCUUCGUCCCCAACAACCGCUAGGACUGCCCGGAGGUGGGGACUCGCCGAGGAAGCCCGCCACAGCAGAUAAGAGCAUCUCCAGCCGGAGACCUCAAAUGAAGUUCCUAUUUUUGCAUUUAGGAGCUCACUUGUAUUUUUUAAAAACUCAAAUUUUGGAACAACUCCAGCCGGAGACAUCAAAUGAAGCCCCUAGUUUUCCUUU